AUGAAUGCUUUAAUUAUAGGUGCUACGGGUUUAUGUGGAAGUGGGUUUUUGAAAUACGCCAAACAAAGUGGCAAAUUUCAAAAAAUCUAUACAAUAACCAGAAAAGAACUUCCACUAGCAGCGACAACAACAACAGCAUCAGUAGAUAGUAGUGCGAUUGAAUCUGUCGUCGAAAAAGAUUCUAGUUUAUGGAAAAAUAGAGUACCUGAAGAUGUACACAUUAUGUUUUCUGCAUUAGGUACUACAAGAGCAGAUGCCAAUGGACUUGAAAACCAAAUUAAAAUAGAUCACGAUUUAAACUUGGAAUUAGCUGAAGCAGCCAAGAAAAAUGGGUGCAAAGUUUAUGUUUUAGUCUCUUCUAUUGGUGCUGACUCUAAUUCCAGGUUUGGAUAUUCAAAAAUGAAAGGGGAUAUAGAAAAAGAUGUUAUUGCUUUGGGUUUUGAUAAGACUAUUAUUUUGAGACCUGGUAUAUUAUUAGGAGAUAGAUCAACUUCGCAUAAAGGUUUUGGUAAUGAUAUUGCUGUAAAAGUUUGUGGAUUCUUUUACAGAACGCCAUUGCAAAGGUUUUUUAUCAACCCUAUUUAUGGGGACGAAGUGGCUAAAGUUGGUGUGAAAUUAGCUCUAGAUGAUAGUGUGACAGAUAAGGUCAAAAUAUUGGAGUCCGAUGAAAUAUUAAAGUUAUCUGGUGGUGUUUAA